AUGAGUGGUAUAGAUAGGUCAGACCAAAUGGUAAAAUAUUACAGCAGCCCACGAAAACAAUCACGAUGGUAUAAAAAAGUUUUAUUUCAUCUGUUAGAUAUUACAGUGUGGAAUAGUUUUUACCUAUACAAAAAACAUUUUGGCUGCAAUUCUAUGACUUUUAAAGAUUUUCGCGAUAUUUUAAUAAAAAAUAUGAUAAACCUUCCAAUAGAUGUAACAGCUAAUCAAAUUUUUAAUGCUCCAAAAUCAAAAGAUCCAAAAAACAAACGACCAAUGUCAGAAGAAGGACAACACUAUCAAGAAAAAAUCCCAUUACCUCCACUGUAUAAAAGAAAACAUUACUUCAAAAACUGCAAAAUGUGCACAAAAAAACACGUGAGGAAACAAACCCAGUAUCAAUGUAAAGCUUGUAAUGUUCCACUGUGUCCCGGUUCAUGUUUCGAAGACUUUCACAAAAAUAUGUCAUAA